AACAAUAUCAUUAUUUUAUUUUUGCAGAGACAAAUCGAUCUCAUCUUCAAAGUCUUGAAUUCGAAGUUUGAUUUUCUGGGUUUCUUCUGUAUUAUCCGGAUUCGAAAAAUGGCUAAAGAAAUUGAAUCAGCGGCAGAUCCAGGUGAUACUAACAUCAAAGGAGUUCUUGUUCAUGGAGGAAGAUAUUUUCAGUACAAUGUUUAUGGAAACUUGUUCGAAGUUUCUAACAAGUAUGUUCCUCCUAUUCGACCUAUUGGUAGAGGAGCUUACGGUUUUGUCUGUGCUGCAGUAGAUUCGGAGACACACGAAGAGAUUGCGAUAAAGAAGAUAGGUAAAGCAUUUGACAAUAAAGUAGAUGCUAAGAGGACGUUGAGAGAGAUUAAGCUACUUCGUCAUUUGGAACACGAAAACGUUGUUGUUAUAAAAGAUAUCAUAAGACCACCAAAGAAGGAAGAUUUCGUUGAUGUUUAUAUAGUUUUUGAGUUAAUGGAUACUGAUCUUCAUCAGAUUAUUCGAUCAGACCAACCUUUGAAUGAUGAUCAUUGUCAGUACUUUUUGUAUCAGAUUCUACGAGGACUAAAAUAUAUUCAUUCAGCAAAUAUUAUGACACGGGAACCGCUUUUCCCGGGGAAAGACUAUGUUCAUCAGCUUAAACUUAUCACCGAGUUGAUAGGAUCACCUGAUGGAGCGAGCCUAGAGUUUCUCAGAAGCGAGAAUGCGAGAAAAUAUGUUAAGGAGUUACCUAAGUUCCCGAGGCAGAACUUUUCAGCAAGAUUUCCUAGUAUGAAUUCUACAGCUAUUGAUCUACUAGAGAAAAUGCUCGUGUUUGAUCCAGCAAAACGUAUCACGGUUGAGCAAGCAAUGUGUCAUCCGUACUUGUCAGCUCUUCACGACCUUAACGAUGAGCCUGUUUGUUCCAACCAUUUCAGUUUCGAUUUUGAAGACCCGUCUUCCACUGAAGAAGAGAUUAAAGAGCUUGUGUGGCUUGAAUCUGUGAAGUUCAAUCCUCAUCCGACCAUUUAAAACAUUAUUUAAGAAGGGGCAUGCAAAUAUUAUACUAUGAGAUUGAGCAAAAUUUAGUAGUUAUGUCCAUUCUUAUUACGAGGAUGCCUUAGAUAGUGUUAAUGCUCGGUUUCUGCUACAUCUCAUGUUGUUCUGUUGUUUAUGCUUUUUCAUUGGUUAAAGAAAGCUAUCUUGUGACU